CACCACAAGUCGACUACGUUGUGACCUUUGGCUCACAACUUCCCAACGGACCUCCACCUAUUCCUCCCCACCGAAUAGGAAACAUGGCCAUCCUGGAGGAAAAGAAGUCGUUCGACGCUUCGGCGGCGAACGUCCGCCCUUUCUCCGAGAGCACACCCGCCUACGAGAAUGCCAACGAUGUCAAGGAGAAAAUGUCGGUUGAGGUUGAGAGCACUGGAGAGAUCGAGGAAGAGGAUCUCUUUGCUCCCCUGAAGAUGGACGCUUCAGUCGUCCAUGAAGAGAACCCCUUGACCAUCCGUGCCGUUGUCACCGGUAUCGUCUUGGGCUGUCUUGUCAGCGCUUCCAACCUCUAUCUUGGUCUCAAGACCGGUUUCACCUUCAGCGCCAACAUGUUCGGUGCUAUCUUCGGUUAUGGUAUCAUCAAGAUGAUGUCCAAGUCCGGCCAGGUUCCCAUCAUCGGUGGUGCCUUUGGUCCCCAGGAAAACUCCAUCAUUCAGGCCGCUGCUACCGGUGCUGGUGGUAUCUCUGGUAUCUUCGUCGCCGGUAUCCCCGCCAUGUACCAACUUGGAGCCAUGGGUGAGAACGCCACUCCGCAGAAGGACAUUGGUGCCAUCUUCACCAUUACUCUGGUCUGUUCCUUCCUAGGUCUCUUCUACGUCACCCCUCUUCGCAAGUUCUUCGUCGUUCAGGUCGCCCGGGAGCUCAAGCUCAUCUUCCCUACGCCCACCGCUGUCGCCUUGACUAUCCGCUCCAUGCACGCUGGUGCGGCUGGCAGCAUUGAGGCCAUGAAGAAGCUCAAGUGCUUGGGUCUUGCCUUCGGUGCCGCUCUGGCUCACCGUAUUGGCUCGUAUUAUGCCAUUGGUAUCCUCUACGAUUGGCAUGUUUUCACAUGGAUUCACAUUUGGUCAGGCUACAAGAGCUGGGCCUUGAACAUUGAGUCGUGGGGCUGGUACUUUGAAUGGACUCCUGCCUUCAUUGGCUCCGGUAUCUUGAUUGGCCUUAACCCUGCUAUCAGUAUGUUCGCUGGCUCGUUCAUGGCUUGGGGUAUUAUUGGUCCCGUCUUGGUUCACUACGGCGAGUGCAUCGGUCAUCAAUCCUACCCCGACGACCCCCGCUGGGACAGUCUCUACAAUUUCUUCUCCCUCCAUAACCUCGGCAAGGGUACCCCCUCGCCUCGUUACUGGCUCUUGUGGCCCGGUGUCAUGGUCAUGGUCUGCUCCUCCAUGGCUGAGCUCCUCGUCCAGUACAAGGUCAUCUGGUUCGGCUUGAAGUCCUCGUGGCAGCAGACUUGCGUUAGCAUCAACGACACCCUUGUCGCCCGUGGCAAGACCAACAGUUUCUUUUCUAAGCAAGCCGCCAAGGUUGUCCGGACUGGCGAGGAAGUGGAGGAUCCCGCCAAAGCGAACGAGCAGGUCAAGCACUGGCACUGGAUUGUCGGCCUUAUCGUCUCCAUGGUCAUUGCCAUGAUCAUCUUCCACUUCCAGUGGGACAUGCACCCGGGUCUCACCAUCCUUGCCGCCAUUCUUGCCUUCCUCUUUUCAUUCCUUGCCAUCCAGAUCGGUGCUGUCACCGAUUCCGCCCCUCUCACCGCCGCCUCUAAAGCCUCGCAGCUCAUUUUUGGUGGUGCCACCCGAAAUUCUGGCUUUUCCAUCCACCACGCCCAGAAGAUCAACUUGGCCGCCGGUGGCCUUGCUUCCGGUGGUGCUGACGUUGCCAACGCCCUCGUGUCCGAUUUCCGUACCGGUUUCCUCCUCGGCACCCCCCCGCUCAAGCAGUGGAUCGCCCAGGCCAUUGGCACCUUUGUUGCCGUCUGGCUCGCCCCGGGACUCUUUGUCCUAUUCACCAAGGCCUACCCUUGCAUCUACGACCCCAAUUUGGCAGACACUAAUUGCGCGUUCCAAAUCCCCUCGGUGUCCGCUUGGGCUGCCGUCGCUCAAGCUGUCACCGAUCCGACGGUCAAGAUUCCUCUCUCCUCCGGUAUUUUCGCCAUCGUCAUGGGCGUUGUCUCCAUCAUCCAGGUCAUCGUCCGUCACUACUACCUCGUUGAUGAGCGCGCGAAGUGGCGCGAGUGGCUUCCCAACUGGGGCGCCAUCGCCCUUUCUUGGGUCAUUCCCGCCCCCGUGUUUGCCAACGCCGCCCUUCUCGGUGCCAUCAUUGCCGCUCUUUGGAGGAAGUACAGCAUGAGGACCUGGGAUCUCUACGGCUAUGCUCUCGCCGCCGGAUUUAUCUCGGGGGAGGGCCUUGGGGGAGUAGUAGGCGCAAUUCUGACUCUCGCCGGCGUGGACGGGUCAACAUAUGGCUCCAGUAUCGCCUGCCCGGCCGGCCAAUGUUGAAAAGUUAAUUUUAGCGUAUUUUGGUAUCUUGUAAUGAUAAUGUAUGACGAUUCGAUCUCUACAAUCAGUUGAAUCAGUUCUUCCCUUUGAUACUCACCACUAUUGCAGACAUUGACGGGCAAUCCGCCUGUUUUCAACGGUGAGAUAUAUUGGAGGCAUGCCUGGUUGAUGUCCAUGAUCUCCGAUUAACCGUUGGGCCCAUAGUAAAUUUAAGGUUCAU